GGGCGUGGCAGCGAAGUAAAGAUAAACACACACUCGGUUAUGUCCAUUUCAGAAGUUGUGUAGGCAUGUAUGUAGUUGAAUACAUUCCAAACAAUGUCUCGUUUCAAAAGAGGAGGUAGAGUGGACUCCCUGUCCGGGUUUCAGACGGACAAGGCAGAACCAGCCGUUCCCAACGGACUGCUGAACGCUGCGAGAAAGAGCGGCCAGCUCAACUUAUCGGGUCGUGGGCUAACUGAAGUCCCCCAGAAUGUGUACCGCCUUAAUGUGGACACGCCAGAGGAAGCCAAUAAGAAUCUGUCAUUUGGGGCAGAUGACCGCUGGUGGGAACAGACAGACCUCAUCAAACUGCUGCUCUCGUCCAAUCAGCUCACGACACUGUCAGAUGACAUCAGACUCCUCCCAGGGCUUACCACACUGGACCUCCAUGACAACAAGCUGACCAGUUUACCCGGUGCUCUGGGAGAACUGGAGCAGUUACAGCAGCUCCGACUCAGUAACAACCAGCUGAGCACCUUGCCUGUGGAAAUGUGCAGAUUGCAUAACCUGCACAGCUUGACCCUCCAGAAGAACCUUCUAGAAACGCUGCCCGAAGAGCUGGGACAACUAGACAAUCUGACUGAGCUGGUCCUUUCCAGCAACCGCUUAAACUCCCUCCCCUCCGGCCUGGGGCAUCUAGCCUGUCUCCAGAAACUAGACCUGUCCCACAACCUGCUCACCUCCUUGCCUGACAGUCUGGCCAAACUAACAAGUCUGAAGCUGCUUGACUGCAGCAAUAACCAGUUGACCUGCGUUCCUGCUAGCCUAUCGGAAAUGACCAGUCUGGAGCAGCUUUACCUCAGGCACAACAAGCUCCGUCUCCUGCCGCAACUCCCUGCCACCAAUCUGAAGGAGCUGUACCUGGGCAACAACCAGAUCGAGCGGCUGGAGGCGGAGCAGCUGGCCAGCCUGGCGGCCAUCUCCCUCCUGGAGCUCCGGGACAACAAGAUCCAGAGCAUCCCGGAGGAGGUCACCCUGCUGGCCACCCUCACACGCCUGGACCUCACCAACAACGACGUCGCCACUCUUCCAGCCUCUCUCAGCCUGCUUCCCAAUCUGAAGGUCUUAAUGUUGGAAGGCAACCCGCUGAGAGGAAUCCGAAGAGACCUGCUAUCUAAAGGAACCACUGAGCUGCUGAAAUAUUUACGGGGGAGAAUUAAAGAGGAGCCAGGUAAAGUCCACGAGACUCCCACUGCCAUGACUCUACCCAGCCAGGCCAGGGUAAACAUCCACAACCUCCAGACACUCAAGAUCCUGGACUACAGUGAAAAGCAAUCAGAAAACAUUCCAGAUGAAGUGUUUGACGCUGCAGCCGGACAGAUCGUGACCACCAUGAACUUCAGCAAGAACCAGCUGACCACACUGCCCCCUAGGCUAGCAGAGUUCCAGGGGUCGUUGACGGAGCUCAACCUGGGCUUCAACAAACUGUCCUGCCUCUCUCCAGCGGUCUCCUCCCUGGUUCAGCUCACACACCUGGACCUCAGGAACAACCAGCUGAGCGACCUGCCCUCUGACCUUGGGUCCUUGAAGAAGCUGCGCUCUGUGAUUCUGAAUUAUAACAAGUUCAAAUGCUUUCCUGAUGUCCUGUACGAGAUUGUUUCCUUGGAGACUGUGUUGCUAGGCAACAACCAAGUGGGUGGUCUGGAAGCAGAGCGUCUAAAGGCGCUGGUGGCUCUGUAUACUCUGGACCUGUCCAACAACGACUUGCUCAACGUAGCACCUGAACUGGGGCUCUGCACGUCGCUCAGGUGUCUCAGUUUGGACGGCAACCCCUUCAGGACACCAAGGGCAGCCAUCGUUGCCAAGGGAACGGAUGCAGUGAUGGAGUAUCUCCGCAGUCGCAUCCCCACAUAAAUCCUUUUCCUUUCAGGCUACACCCUGCCCUCUGCCCCCACCCCCAAGAUCUGGGCUUAGCAGCGACCUCUCUGCCCAUUGGCCCGAGGUGAAAUCCCCUACAGAAGCAUGGGGCUGUUGGUCAUGAUAAACGUACAAUCCAUAAAUUCUUUAAGCACAUCUUUACUACAUCCAAUGAGAAGCACUUAUACAUUCAAUAAAGCAUUUACAUUGUGGCUUCACAAUCAUGAUUGCUUGGUGUGUGUGUAUUGCAGGCAUGAUAAACAAGAUGCCAUUUCACGGUCCGUAGUCUUGUCUUCACUGCCUACUACAUAAGUGCUGCAGUUCAUUACGCUAUUGGUUAAUUGACCACUCAAGCACAACCAGGAAGUGUGUAGUCUACUCAUGAGUCAGGAGAUGAGCUCUUUGUAGAAGCUCAGCAGUGUGCCUUUUAUUAGGUUGUGACUCAUGUCAAUAUGGUGGGGUGUGUGUGUGUGGGGGUUGCAAUUUAUCCCCAAACUGCUGUAUUUCCAACAAAGAUUAAGGAGCAAAACUUAUUUUGUUAAGAACAUUUGAAUCAUUUAUUUAAAACAUCCAUUUUUACUUCCAGAGUCGUCUCUCUUGAAAAGAAUGUGGAUGAUGAAGGUGGACAUUAGAAACCCAACAUUUUGACAAAGGCGAGCGAGCAGAUGGGCGCGAAGCAGAGCAGCAGUGAGCAACAUGGUAGCUUCAGAUCCCCAACCCUUGCAACAUCGUCUUUAGAACAUGAAUCCUCUUAAAAGUCAUAACAGACUCGGAACCAUUGACAUCCAAACAAAAAAAUCAUAGUGAAUUUACUUUAAAGCUUAAUGUAGCAAUACUGUCUUUUUAAAUCUAUUUUGAGUGUAUAAAAUGGUAUGCCUUUUAUGCGUGAAGAAACAGAACUUUUUUCUGCAUGCUGACUGGUUCAUUUGCUGGAUCGGCUCAAUACACAACAUUGCUACACGUUCUAUUCUAUCUAAAACCUUCUCUUGCAUGGACACACUCACUCACAUAUGCACACACACACAUCCCCAACCCACAACUUAAGUCACACUCCAAUCAUUAUGUAUGUUUCACAACACGUCUUCUGUUUUACAGAUCACUUCCUUGAGAAGUGAGUGGUCACAGGGGCACAAAUAAACAGUUCAUCCCUUGUCAAGUCAUAAUGUCCCCCCCCCCUUCCAUUGGCAGUAUACCAUAGCUAUGUAAAAAGACCCUUACACACAGGGGGCGGAGCCUAUUGUAGUUGUGAACGAUUAAAGUGGUGGUUAGAGAGGGGAGGGGUAAAGUGAUAAACGUCACAUUUAAGUUUAGUAACAAAAGUGUCAGCGCAGAGCUUCAAACCUUCCUCCCCUUCCCGCAGACCUGUUACGGUAUAAAUGACAGCCGAGGGGCUGAGGUUUAGAGGUAUGGGUUAAACGAGACAAAACAGAAAGAAACACCA